AUGUCUCUACCAGAGACGAAACAUGAGAAGAGUCUGGCGUCGAGCGAGGCAGAAGAUGUCCUACCACAGGAGGAGAAGCAACCGGAAGGAAGUUUCAAAGACUAUCUGAGGAUAUUUAGCUACGCUGACAAGUGGGAUUGGUGCUUGAACGCUGUCGCUCUCGUGGCCAGCAUAGGCGCGGGUGCUACCCUGCCUCUGAUGACCAUAUUUUUUGGACAAUUCGUGGCCAAAUUUAAUGCAUUUCAGAGCGGUUAUGGCAGCUCAGACGCCUUUCGCAGUGAUGUAUCGCACUAUGUCUUGUGGUUUAUCUAUCUCUUCAUCGCCAAAUUCUGCCUCAUUUACAUGUCUUCGCUCGCCAUCUCUGUAGCUGCCAUCCGGACCACGCGAUCUCUUCGACGAGCCUUCUUGGAGCAUACUCUUCGCCAGGAGAUAUGGCACUUUGACAAGCGAUCAACAGGUGCUAUUGCCACUCAGGUGACCACCAAUGGCAACAGAGUCAGCCAAGGCAUUGCAGAAAAGCUGGCGUUCUCGGUCCAGGCUCUCUCAAUGUUCUUCUCGGCAUUCAUUGUCGCUCUGGCCGUACAAUGGAAGCUCUCUCUCAUCACUUUGAGCAUUAUCCCUGUGAUAUUUCUUAUCACAGGAGCGUGCAUUGCCAUCGACGCACCUCAAGAAGCGAGAAUCGUUCGUAUCUAUUCGCAAGCCUCCAACUUGGCACAGGAAACCAUCUCAUCCAUCAGGACUGUUCAUGCUUUCUGGGCACAGGCAAAGAUGGUGAAGAAAUAUGACGACUUUCUCCAACAGGCCCACACGGAAGGCAACAAGAAAUCGCCAAACUAUGGAGUCCUGUUUUCUGUCCAAUACUUCUGCGUCUACUGCGGUAUUGCUCUUUGCUUCUGGCAGGGUUUCAGGAUGUUCCAGAGCGGCGAAGUUGCGGAUGCCGGCCAAGUCUUCACUGUUGUCUUCGCCGCGCUCAUAGCAGCGAGCUCGGUCUCCACUAUUGCACCCCAGAUCACAGCGUUCACCAAUGCAGCAGCCGCCGCGUCCGAACUCUUUAGCGUCAUCGACAAGAAAUCCGAACUCGAUCCGCUGGACGAGUCGGGAAAGAUGCCUACCGACAGCUGCGAUGGCAAUAUCGAAAUUUCGAACCUGGCUUUCGCAUAUCCUUCUCGCCCUAGCGCCCCCGUGCUACGCGACUUCAACAUCUCCAUUCCUGCGGGCAAAACGACUGCUUUAGUUGGUGCAAGUGGAUGCGGAAAAAGUACUGUCGUUGGUCUACUUGAGAGGUGGUAUGCUCCCUCAUCUGGGUCGAUCAUGCUUGACGGAAUCGACAUUUCGGAAUACAACACUCAGUGGCUCAGGAGCCGUGUACAGCUGGUACAGCAGGAGCCAGUACUGUUUCGAGGCUCCGUUUUUGAGAACGUAUGUAAAGGUCUAGUUGGAGAUCAGCGUCAGCUUUCGGCGGAAGACCAAAUGAAGCUUGUACGUGAAGCUUGCAUUUCAAGCAAUGCGGAUGGCUUCAUUCAAGAGCUUCCAAAUGGCUACCACACUGAGGUCGGCGAACGAGCAGGCAUGCUGUCUGGCGGUCAGAGGCAGCGCAUAGCCAUUGCUCGCAGCAUAGUCUCCGACCCGAAAAUCCUGCUACUUGAUGAAGCAACAAGCGCUCUCGAUCCCAAGGCAGAAAAGGUCGUCCAAGAUGCGUUGAGCAAUGUGUCUCGCAAUCGGACAACACUCGUCAUUGCUCACAAACUGGCAACCAUCAAAGCCGCGGACAGUAUCGCGGUCAUCCAUGAGGGGACAGUGGUCGAGCAAGGCACCCACUUGGAGCUGAUAAACAAGAAAGGGCAUUACGCAGCUCUAGUCUCAGCACAGGACCUAGGAGAUGAAGAAGAGGCAUCAGCAACCGGCCAGAAAUCAGCAGACUUUUCCGAGAAGGUUGGACGUCAGAUCUCCCUCCAGCCGGAGCUAGAGUUGUCGAAGACAGCCGAUGUCGAAGCCCAAAAUCUGGUAUCUGGCACACUGAACUACUCACUCCUAAGAUGCAUUUGGAUCAUGUUCACGGAACAGAAGAAGCUUUACUUCUGCUUCAUCUCAUCGACGAUCGCUUGCCUGAUCGGUGGCGCGACGUUCCCUGCUCAGGCGAUCCUCUUCUCCAGGGUCCUGAACAUCUUCCUACUAGAUGGCCAAGAGGCCAGAGACCAAGCCAACUUCUACUCGCUUCUGUUCUUCAUAGUUGCGCUCGGCAACUUGCUUGCCUAUUUUCUCAUUGGCUGGAAUUGCAACUACAUUGGGCAGACAGUGACGCACAGAUACCGACGGGAGAUGUUCGAUCAUGUCUUAAGUCAGGACAUGGACUUCUUCAAUCAACCUGAGAACACUUCAGGUGCGCUGACAUCCAAACUCUCGGCCUUACCUACCCAAUUACAGGAGCUCAUCAGCGCCAAUAUCCUUCUCAUACUGAUUGUCCUCGUAAACAUUGUCUCAAGCAGUGCACUGGCCAUUGCAUAUGGGUGGAAGCUCGGGUUGGUGAUCGUCUUUGGCGGCCUCCCUCCCAUCGUCAUGUCUGGUUACCUCAGAAUACGGCUUGAGACGAGGAUAGAAGGUCUUAACAGCGAAAGAUUUGCAGACAGUGCCAGUCUGGCAAGCGAGGCGGUAACAGCAAUUCGAACGGUCGCAUCACUGACCAUAGAGAAGCCAAUCCUGGACCAAUACUCAGACAUGCUUGAUAGCAUUGUUCGGCGGUCGAUCAAGUCUCUCCUAUGGACAAUGUUCUGGUUCGCGUUGUCUCAGUCGUUGGACUUUCUCGUGCAGGCUCUAGGAUUCUGGUACGGCGGGCAACUUCUGGCCUCCGGAGAGUACACCACGGAGCAGUUCUACGUCAUCUUCAUUGGUGUCCUGUUCGCUGGCCAAGCAGCUGCACAAUUCUUUGGCUACAGCACCAGUCUCACAAGAGCCGUCGGAGCCGCUAAUUAUAUACUCUGGCUGCGCACUCUCAAGCCCAUCAUGCAGGAAAACGAUCAGAACCGCAAGAAAGGACCUGAAGGCGAUUCUGCGAUUCAGGUACAGGAGGUCGAUUUCAGCUACAAGCAGCGGGAAGCAGCUCGCGUUCUACGAGGAGUUACGAUGACAAUCGAACCAGGCCAGUCCGCCGGAGUCGUGGGAAGCAGCGGUUGCGGCAAAUCAACGCUCAUCUCCUUGCUCGAACGCUUCUAUGAUCCCACUUCAGGCCGCAUACGCCUCGACGACAAAGACAUUGCGGAGAUGUCACCCCGCCGCUACCGGAGCUACAUGUCUCUGGUCCAGCAGGAGCCAACGCUAUACCAAGGCUCAGUCCGUGAGAACAUCUGCCUAGGCCUCAACACAGACCCACCAGACGACCAGCUCCGCGAAGCAUGUCGUCAGGCAAACGCACUGGAAUUCGUGCAGUCGCUGCCCGAGUCCUUCAACACGCCAUGCGGGACCGGGGGUAUCCAGUUCUCUGGCGGUCAGCGCCAGCGCAUCGCGAUUGCAAGGGCCAUGAUCCGGAACCCGCGCCUGCUCCUGUUGGAUGAAGCGACGUCAGCCCUCGACACGCAGUCGGAGCGCGUCGUGCAGUCCGCGCUCGACGAGGCGGCCUCGACCAGGACCACGAUUGCAGUGGCACAUCGCUUAUCGACGAUCAAGAAUGCCGACGUCAUCUUCGUGUUCGCCAACGGGAGGAUCGCGGAGCAGGGCACGCAUGCCGAGCUGCAGAGAUUGAGAGGGAGGUAUUAUGAGAUGUGCGUUGCUCAGUCUUUGGAUCAGGCAUGA